CAUCGUCAUAAGCCUUUGCGAGCUGCAAGAGGGCCGCUCGACUCGCCGCAAUGGCACUCGAGACAGAAAUGGUCACGGCAGGAGACGCCCAGCCACCAACAAUACUCGCUCCAAAACCAUUAAAGCCAGCAGCCCCAGCUGCCCUUCGCCUCAUCUCGCCGCCAGCCUCGCCCAUUACUGCCCCUUCACCAGCCAGCACCAAGGCCAAGUCGCCCAAGGUCCGCACACCCAAGACGCCGGGCACGCCCUCGCGCCCACCAUCACGCACCGAGCGCCGCUUCCCGUGCCCCCACCCAGGAUGCGACAAGGCGUACUUCAAGCCGUCCCGCCUGGCGGAGCACGAGCUCACACACACCGGCGAGCGGCCGCACAAGUGUGACGAGUGUGGACAGACGUACCUCCGAGCCUCGCACCUCGCGGCCCAUCUCCGUACCCACAAGAACGAGGAGGACAAGCCCUUCGUGUGCGAUAUCGGCGACUGCUCGUGCGGCAAGAAGUUUUGGACGGCCACCCAUCUCAAGCGGCACCAGGAGGCACACGACCUCGCCGACGUGCACGAGUGUGAAGUUUGUCAUGAGACCUUCACCAAGACCCACCUUCUCCGCGAGCAUGUCGCAGAGGUGCACGCCCCGAGUGGGAGCAAGCCGUUCGCUUGCGCCCACCCCGGCUGCGGCAAGUCGUUCGCCAUGAGGCAGCAACUCCGGACACACGAGCGGACGCACGAUGCGUCGCGCUAUACCUGCUCUCAUCCCGACCACACUGAGAGCCUGCCGACGUUUCAGACCUGGACUGCGCUGCAGGUCCACAUGCGCGAUGCGCACCCUCCCGCCUGCCCACACCCGGAGUGCAACGGCCGCACAUUCAAGUCGGCCAAGCACCUGCGCGCACAUCUCAAGGUCCACGCAGAUCAGGAGGCGGAUCUUGCCACGCGCCCGCUCGACGAGAUCGAUACGCUGCCACCCGUGCUCGCCGACGGUCUGUCCCGCCGGCAGAGGAGCAAGCGGAAGCGCGAGUCGCUUGCAGCUGCACCGACCGACGCCGUGCCGGCCGAUGGGACGGACGACGAACACGACCAGAAGGACGGCGAGUACGUCCCCCCUGCCGAGGAGCCCCAGCCCCCGCGCAAGCUCGCCCGCGUGCUCGGCGGCGAGGCAGGCAAGGAGUGGUGGUGCAGCCACCAGGGGUGCGGGGCGACCUUCAAGACGCGGUUCGCGCGCGACGAGCACGCGUCGAGCACGCACGCGCCGAGCGCGAAGCACAAGUGUCCCGACUGUGGACGGGCAUAUCGCCGCCCAGCGAGCCUGAAGCGGCACAUGCUGGUGUGCGGGCAGCCCGCGACGCCCAAGACGCCAAAGGAGGCCGUGUCCGAAGCCGACCUGCUCACCGGCGCGGCUGGGCUCCCGGGCGGCGCGAUGCACCGCCGCUGGGUGUGCCCGUACCACGCUGAAGUGAACGGUGUGUACGAGGACUGCGACGCGCGCUUCUUCCGCGUUUACGAUGUCCGCCGCCACCUCUCUGCCGCGCACGAUGUGCAGCUGGAUGACUUUGGCGUGCGCGAACUGCUGCUCGCGGACGGGCAGACGGGCGAGGACUAUGUCGUUGUAGAGUAUGCCGAGUAG